AUGCAGCCAUCCUUCAGUGAAGCCAUCAAACGAUGUCCAUCAAAUUGUGACUGCAGUCUCGAUCAAAAGGGGCUCUAUCAGACAUCGUGCAGUAAAGUCGAAUGGAAAUCCAUUCCGGUGUCCGAUUUCGACCGGGAGGUGGAAGUGAUUCUCAUCCGGGGCUCGAAAAACUCCCUGACCAUCGGUCCCAUCCUGCAAACCUUCUCUCGGCUAGAGGUACUGACGAUUACCAAUGCGAACGUGCCCGCCAUCGGUAUGAACUCCUUUUGGGGACUCGUUAAACUGCGCCUGUUGGAUCUUUCACGGAACAACAUCACGCAGAUCAUCGUCGACAACUUCCGGGGGCAAGACAACCUGCUGGAGCUAGAUCUGUCCAAGAACCGUAUGGAACGCAUUGCCAGCGGAACUUUCGGCCAUCUAAAGAGUCUAAAAUCACUGAACCUGGCAGACAACUCGAUAGACGAGCUGAACGCCCGGCUGUUCCUGCAUUUGGCCAAGCUCAAGUAUCUCGACCUGAGUCGAAAUCCCAUCGACGAUCUACCGCCGGAGGUGUUCAAAGAUGUCCAGGAAUUGAAGGUACUGAAGGUGAGAGGUUGUCACCUGUUGAACGUUAACCCGCAGGUUUACAAUAUGCUGCCACACCUCACGGAGCUAGAUUUGGGCCAAAAUCAGUUCACCUACUUGGUGCGCACGGAAUUCAAGGACCUGAAGCGACUUCGAAUACUGCGUCUCGACGGCAAUCAACUGUCUGCCGUCGUCGAUAGACUGUUCGAGUAUCAGAAGGGACUCAACUUUCUAGAUCUCUCCCGGAACCGACUGGCAAAAAUAUCGGAAAAAGCUUUCGAAAAUUUAUCGAAUCUGACAUAUCUGGACGUAUCGUACAAUAAAUUAUCGCGCAUCGAACCGGAAUGCCUGGAGCCGGUAACCGGUCUGCAGACGUUCAACAUCAGCGGAAACCUGCAGCUGGAUCUGAUGGAGGUGAAUCCAACCUUCCAGAUGAUCCCGAAUGUCAGCACCCUGGCAAUAGCCGAUAUGGGACCGCUUCCGAUGAAACUGUUUGGACCCUUCAAACAGCUGCGGGCGCUCAACCUGUCCGGCAACCACGUUGACAACAACACACUGCAAAUUAUUCUCCCGUUGGCGCGUUUACAGUUGCUGGACCUGUCGCGCAAUCAGUUGUCCGGGAUUGAGGACCGUUACACCUCCCAGUUGGCCCACAUCGAGGACCUGAGGAUAGAUAAUAAUCCACUCAUAUGCGACCGGUGCCACAUGGGAGCGAUAAUCGAGAUGGCCAAAGAGCUACCAUGGAGGGAAAAACCGGAGUGCUUUCUGCCGGAACGUUUGCGAGGCAUCCCGAUCAAUGACCUGGAGCAUUUUGCCAUCGAGGACUGCAUGGAGGUCAUUGUCGACGAGGACCAUGAUGCCGCCAGCACAUCGCACAAUUUUCUCGAGCAAGCCGGAAGUGUCAGUGUUCUCGCCUUCUGUGGGCUGUUUUUGUUCGUUAUUCUGGCGAUAAUUGUAGUGUCAACGGCUAUCUGUCUCUCGAGACACCGAGCCAGAUAUUACACGCAUGAGGAGAAACGAGACUCUACACUGGAAAAGAAUGGAACCGAAACGUCACUGCUGACGGCGGGUAGUGAAAUCAACUUUAAAUUCCCUUACACCGACCGGGUUUGUACGAUUGAUGAGAUGUGCAUUCCAGCGCCGCCGCCACCACCCGGCAAGCCUACUACUAACGUCAUCGAACGGUUCGAUUAA